CCAAAACCCGCCUCUCUCUGCAAACCCUCUUUGCUCAAUUUGCUUCACUCUCAUUCUCAUUCUCAUUCCACCGCGGCUAGGGUUUCUGCUCAUCUUCUGCUUGCUUCACAAAGUUCAUCAUGGGUAAGGAAAAGAUUCAUAUCAGUUUGGUGGUCAUUGGCCACGUCGACUCUGGAAAGUCGACCACAACUGGUCACUUGAUCUACAAGCUUGGUGGUAUUGACAAGCGUGUGAUCGAGAGAUUCGAGAAGGAAGCAGCUGAGAUGAACAAGAGGUCCUUCAAGUACGCAUGGGUGCUCGACAAACUUAAGGCCGAGCGUGAGCGUGGUAUUACUAUUGAUAUUGCCUUGUGGAAGUUUGAGACCAACAAGUACUACUGUACUGUCAUCGAUGCCCCCGGACAUCGUGACUUUAUCAAGAACAUGAUUACUGGUACCUCCCAGGCUGAUUGUGCUAUCCUCAUUAUUGACUCCACCACUGGAGGAUUUGAGGCUGGUAUCUCCAAGGAUGGUCAGACCCGUGAGCACGCUCUUCUUGCCUUCACCCUUGGUGUCAAGCAAAUGAUCUGUUGUUGUAACAAGAUGGAUGCCACCACCCCCAAGUACUCAAAGGGUAGGUACGAAGAAAUUGUCAAGGAAGUCUCCUCAUACCUCAAGAAGGUUGGUUACAACCCAGACAAAAUCCCAUUCGUUCCCAUCUCUGGGUUUGAGGGUGACAACAUGAUUGAGAGGUCCACCAACCUUGACUGGUACAAGGGACCAACCCUUCUUGAGGCUCUUGACUUGAUCAACGAGCCAAAGAGGCCCUCAGACAAGCCCCUCCGUCUUCCACUUCAGGAUGUGUACAAGAUUGGAGGUAUUGGAACGGUGCCAGUGGGACGUGUUGAGACUGGUGUGUUGAAGCCUGGUAUGCUUGUUACCUUUGGUCCCACUGGACUGACCACUGAAGUUAAGUCAGUUGAGAUGCACCACGAGUCUCUUCCAGAGGCUCUUCCUGGUGACAAUGUUGGUUUCAAUGUGAAGAAUGUUGCCGUCAAGGAUCUCAAGCGUGGUUUCGUUGCUUCUGACUCCAAGAAUGACCCUGCCAAGGAAGCAGCCAACUUCACUGCCCAGGUCAUCAUCAUGAACCACCCUGGACAGAUUGGAAACGGUUAUGCCCCAGUUUUGGAUUGCCACACUUCUCACAUUGCUGUGAAGUUUGCUGAGCUCGUUACCAAGAUCGACAGGCGUUCAGGCAAGGAGAUUGAGAAGGAGCCUAAGUUCUUGAAGAAUGGUGAUGCCGGUAUGGUUAAGAUGAUUCCCACCAAGCCUAUGGUGGUGGAGACUUUCGCAGAGUACCCACCCCUUGGUCGUUUUGCCGUGAGGGACAUGAGGCAGACUGUUGCCGUUGGUGUCAUCAAGAAUGUUGAGAAGAAGGACCCAACCGGUGCCAAGGUUACCAAGGCUGCCCUAAAGAAGAAAUAGAAUGAUUUGUCAGUCUGGAAGUUUUGUUUAGGCUCUUGAAGGUUUUCUGUGUACUGUUUUAUGUCAUUUAGAUUCUUGAGUUCUUAUUUUUAUAAGCUGCCCAGAUUUUUGUUUUGUGUUCCUGUGUUACCUACUAGAGUCUCAACAUUAAUUUUACUCUUAUUGAAGUAGAGUUAAGGCUCCAAACUUCCAAUCUUUGUCUUUGAAUGGGACCAAAACAACUAAACAAGAUCUGCAUA